AUGCAUGCCACCCCUUCGUCCCCCUUCCUUCCCAUGUUACGACUUUUGAGGCGCCUCAAAAUUCGUCCCCCUUCCUUCCCUUGUUCCUCUCUUGCCCAUUCCACCCCCCCAUCUGCCAGUGGGAGAGUGGGCGAGGUAUCCCUCAGCCGGGUGGCACCGGACCCAUCGUCCUUCAUGAGCAUAGUGGCGGCGAGCGUGACAUCACUCAUGGGCGCAGCUGGCGUCACCAUUACCAUCGACAACACUGCCAGGCCUAACCCGCCUCUUGCUCACCUCAUUCCUCUUGCUCACCUCAUUCCUCUUGCUCACCUCAUUCCUCCUGCUCACCUCAUUCCUCCUGCUCACCUCAUUCCUCCUGCUCACCUCAUUCCUCUUGCUCACCUCAUUCCUCUUGCUCACCUCAUUCCUCCUGCUCACCUCAUUCCUCCUGCUCACCUCAUUCCUCCUGCUCACCUCAUUCCUCCUGCUCACCUCAUUCCUCCUGCUCACCUCAUUCCUCCUGCUCACCUCAUUCCUCCUGCUCACCUCAUUCCUCCUGCUCACCUCAUUCCUCCUGCUCACCUCAUUCCUCCUGCUCACCUCAUUCCUCCUGCUCACCUCAUUCCUCCUGCUCACCUCAUUCCUCCUGCUCACCUCAUUCCUCCUGCUCACCUCAUUCCUCCUGCUCACCUCAUUCCUCUUGCUCACCUCAUUCCUCCUGCUCACCUCAUUCCUCCUGCUCACCUCAUUCCUCCUGCUCACCUCACCUCCUCCUCCAGUCCUCCUGCUCACCUCAUUCCUCCUGCUCACCUCAUUCCUCCUGCUCACCUCAUUCCUCCUGCUCACCUCAUUCCUCCUGCUCACCUCAUUCCUCCUGCUCACCUCAUUCCUCCUGCUCACCUCAUUCCUCCUGCUCACCUCAUUCCUCUGCUCACCUCAUUCCUCCUGCUCACCUCAUUCCUCCUGCUCACCUCAUUCCUCCUGCUCACCUCAUUCCUCCUGCCACCUCAUUCCUCCUGCUCACCUCAUUCCUCCUGCUCACCUCAUUCCUCCUGCUCACCUCAUUCCUCCUGCUCACCUCAUUCCUCUUGCUCACCUCAUUCCCCUGCUCACCUCAUUCCUCCUGCUCACCUCAUUCCUCCUGCUCACCUCAUUCCUCUUGCUCACCUCAUUCCUCUUGCUCACCUCAUUCCUCUUGCUCACCUCAUUCCUCUUGCUCACCUCAUUCCUCUCUUGCUCACCUCAUUCCUCUUGCUCACCUCAUUCCUCUUGCUCACCUCAUUCCUCUUGCUCACCUCAUUCCUCUUGCUCACCUCAUUCCUCUUGCUCACCUCAUUCCUCCUGCACUCUUCCUCCUGCACUCUUCCUCCUGCACUUCCCCUUGUAUCUUCAGGAAGCCUGUUACAACGGCACCGGAUUCCUGUUUCAACGGCACCGGUAUCUACCCCCGCUACACUGCCUGCUGCGACCCCCUCACCAUCCCGCCCACAUGCCCUCCCAAUUCAAUCAACUCCUCUUACUCCUCCUCCCUCUCCCCUCUCUCCACCUCCUCCUCCUCUCUCCCCCCUCUUACUCGAGUCACCGAUCCAGACGCAUGCAUGCUCGGCAUGCUCCCCCCAAUCUCCCAACCUCCCGAACCUGCCCCGUCCUCCGAGCCUUCCCCGGGCCUCUCGCCCGAGCCUGCGCCCCCCCCCCCCUCCCGGACCUGUCGUCUACCCUGCAUGCCCGUUCACCAAAGAGCCUCCGACAGUCCCUAAGAGGGUGCCGACUCACUGCCCUGCUGCUGCGAAUAAGACGUGCUGUGCCGACUGCAGCGACUUAGGUUCGGCGAUGAGGCUCGUGGGGACGAACCUGGAGGAUGUCGUGGUGUUGAUUGAUCCGAGCCUGGUGGGAUUCGUGGACUCGGGCUUUAAGAUGUGUGACAUGUUCACCGGCGGUCAGAUGUGCGAGCAAGCCAUAGAGGAUCUGCUGUGCGCCGUCUCAUGUAACCCAGAAUUAUUAGAUGUGCUUUUACCAUUUUAUGUGACACUAUUAAAUGUGUGUUGUGCUAAUGUGCAGAUGCGGGUAACUACAACCCGGGUAACAGCGGACGCCACGACAAUGUCCGUCUGCUCUUCCUACGCCGAGUUCUUCUUUGGCGUCUGCCAGGGCAUUUCCAUUGGAGCCAUCCCCCUGAGCACACUCAUCACCUCCUCCGAGUCUUUCCUUAAUGCCAUCGCCGCCAGUGUAAUGAAGGCAAUUGGCUACAGUAACUUCAACAUCGUUGUAGAGAAGGAAGCAUGCUUCGGUGGCUCUCAGGUGUUUGCACCAGUAACCGCAUGCUGCGACCCAUUCGCCAUCCCUCAAAACUGCCCUGCCGGUGCCUACUACUACUCGCACAAUCGGCGUCGUCGCCGGAAGCACGUACCCCGUGCCGCCGUGACGUUACCCCGCAGCGUUCGACCCGAUCCCGCGUAUCAUGGCGCCGCUGUUCCCGCGGCACGCGCUGCUCGCGGCGGCCGUGCUGUCCUCUCAUCUCCUUGUUACACUGGUAACUUGUUUCGCGCCGCCGCAACUCCGCCCGCGGCGCUGGCCUCCCCCAGCAGCGCGACUGCGCAGGUGUGCCCGGUGACGAAGCAGCCGCCGAUUGCGCGGAAGACUCCGUCGUUGCGCUGCCCCGUGGCGGAAACCGCGUCGUGCUGCGCGGACUGCGCGGACGUGUCGGCCGCGCAAAUGAUGACCAGCGCAAACCUUUCCGCCGUGCUCACGGAGAUUAAUCCUUCACUCGGAUCCCUCGUCGAGCCGAGCGUGAAGGUGUGCGACUUGUUCGUUGACCAACCGGAGUGCCCCUUUCUCGUCGAGGCGAUCGUGUGUGGCGCCAACUGCAACCCUGAUUCGGGCAACUAUGUGAGCAGCACCAAGGAGGGCACGUCAGUCAUGUUAAUCUGCCCGAAAUUCGCUGACCGCAUCUUCAGUGCCUGCAAGGGCAUCAAACUGGGCACGUAUGUGCUGAGCGAACUGAUAGCGGAUGCGCAAGCAUUCAUUGACACGGUCAUCGUUAACACUGUCAAGGUGGCUGGCGUGCGCAACCUCAAUGUCACCGUCAGCAACAGCACAUUGUGCUUUGAAGAGCCAGAACUCGCCCCUACAAGCCCAUGCGACGCUGCUGCUUCUGUUCCCCCCACUUGCGCUGCUCCUGGUGGCAGCACAACCAGCACGCCCCCCCCUGCACCUCCCCCACCUAAGAGUGGUGCUUAUUCAGUUGUGCUGAAUGUGGUUGCUGCGGCUUGGAUUGUUCUAUUUGGUCCUCCAGUCAUCGCUGCUCUUCGGAAACACACCGAUGCCUACCUUGACUGCCACCUCAUGGUCACGGAUCCAUUCGCCUACGUGGAGCCUAUGAAGCAGGCUGGAGCUUCAUCCUUCACCUUCCACGUGGAGGCUGUGCCAGGCAAGGCACAGCAGCUGGUGGCGGAAGUGCACGCAGCGGGCAUGAGGGCGGGCGUGGCCAUCAAGCCUUCCACGCCUGUUGAAUCCGUCCUGCCCCUAUUGGAGGGAGAGGAGGCGGUGGAUGUGGUGCUGGUGAUGACAGUGGAGCCAGGGUUCGGAGGGCAGGCGUUUAUGCCUGACAUGAUGCCGAAAGUGCAGUUCCUGCGGUCACGAUUCCCAGACUUGGAUAUUCAGGUGGAUGGCGGGUUGGGUCCAUCAACGAUUUCUCAAGCAGCAGCAGCAGGAGCCAAUUGCAUUGUUGCUGGAAGCUCCGUGUUUGGCGCUUCCGACCCAACUACUGCCAUUGCUAUGCUCCGUGCUGCUGUGUUGAAAGCUCAGCAAGAAGCCUCGCAAUAA